CACCCAGAAAACCUCAAACACCAUGAUUAACAGAGCCUACAAGCGUGGCAACCUCGGCAUACAGAGCCAACCUAAAUAUAUCACCCAACAAAAUUACGUAAUUUGAAAUUUUUAAUCACUUGACUUCAAUUGAUUUUUAAUUUCCGCUCUGUUCCUCUUCACUCUUUCGUUCUUUGCUUUCCAUCUCUCCCCUGUCCCAAACCCACAAAGCCAACCUCUUGAAGCAGCUGAUCGGUUUGCUGUGGAAGUUAAACCCACAGCUCAAUCCCAGGACCUGGAGCAUUACAUCAAUGUUUUUUCGGAAAUUUUCAUCAUUAAAGGGGUAAAUGUGCAGAUUUUGAGCUACCAGUGUUCAGAUGAUAAAAGAACCCUCCAUUACAUGUCAAAAAAAAAAAAAAAAAACCCCUGCAUUACAUGUCUGCAAAAAUCUGCAAUCUGUUUCUAAAACCCAUUUUCAGUUUGCUCAUCUGAAUAUAAUUCCAACAGCAAUCAGUCAGAGUCUGAAAAUGAAUGGUAGAGAUUAAUAGCACAAGUGCGGCGACCAGCUGCAGCGGCUAGGGCUUUUGGGGGCGAAGAGAAGAAGAAGAAGAAGAAGGAGAAGGGCUUGGGCUAAAAUACGGAAGCAAAAAAUUGUAACUUUCCAACCAUUUUCGAUGAGAAUUGCAUUCUCAUUGAUCAUCCAUGAUACUGACAUGCCCAAGAUAAUAUUUUUUUUAUCCAACAUGGUAAUCAGUGAUCAUCCAUGAUACUGACAAUCCCAAGAUAAUAUUUUUUUUAUCAAACAUGGUAAUCACAUGGUAAGGUGAUGUCUAUUUAUUAAAAUUCUGAUAAUAUAAUUGAUCAUAUCAAUACCAUAUAUGCCACCUAAAAAUAUAUAGCUAAGACUCAAGAGCUAAGACCUUUAGACGGAAACCCAUCUCCCCAGCAAGAUAUUCAGGCAACAUGGAUUCACUACCAGACCAACAAAAAAUGUCACAAAACGAGAUGGAUUUCUUGCUGGCACUGCGCAUAGCUACAGCUCCAACACUUCCUCUGGUAUUGAAAGCUGCCAUAGAUCUUGAUUUGUUAGAGAUCAUGGCAGCAGCAACCGCUAGCAAUAGCAUGCUUUCUCCUACUGAGAUUGCCUCUCGUCUUCCUACACAAAACCCAGAUGCCCCAACCAUAGUCGAUCGCCUUCUUCGCCUUCUUGCUAGUCACUCUAUUUUAACAUGUAAACUUGUUGCAGGAAGAGAUGAACAUGCUCAAAGAUUAUAUGGCCUAGGACCAGUUGGCAAAUAUUUCGUCCGAAAUCAAGAAGGAAAUUCUCUUGUUCCUACCCUCAGAGUGUCCUUGGAAAAAUUUUAUAUGGAGUGUUGGUAUCACUUGAAAGAAGCAGCAUUGGAGGGUGUGUUACCAUUCAUGAAGGUACAUGGGAUGCAUUUGUUUGAACUGGCUGCAAACGAUGAUAAAGUGAGUAGCAUGUUCAAUGCUUCAAUGAGCAAUCUCACCAGCCUGGUCAUGAAAAAAGUCCUGGAAACUUACAAGGGAUUUGAGGGCUUGAGCCAGGUAGUUGAUGUUGGUGGUGGAGUGGGUGCAAACCUUAAUCUUCUAGUUUCCAAGUACCCACAAAUUAAGGGUACUAACUUUGAUUUGCCCCAUGUCAUUAGAGAUGCACCCCUUAUACCAGGAGUGGAGCAUGUUGGAGGAGACAUGUUCAGCAAAGUUCCUAAAGGAGAAGUGAUUUUCAUGAAGUGGAUACUUCAUGAUUGGGGCGAUGAACAAUGCUUAAAGCUAUUGAAGAAUUGCUUUGAAGCAUUACCAGAGAAUGGCAAAGUGGUGAUCGUGGAAUCUUUAACACCAGAAUUCCCCAUGACUGACAUUGUGACGAAGAUUACCUUUGAGCUUGACGUGAGUGUGCUGCACAUGUUACCUGGUGCAAAGGAGAGAACAAAACAGGAAUUUGAGGCAUUGGCAAGAGAAGCUGGCUUCAAAACUUUGAAUGUUGUUUGUCGUAUUUAUAGCUAUUGGGUUAUGGAAUUGUGCAAAAAUGUUAACAUUGCCAAUUAAAGGGAGAGCCAUCAUCAUUAAUUUGGAGCUUAUAUAUAUAUAUUUGUUGAUUUCAGUUUA